AUGCAGAUUCAACAGAAAGCCAACGCUAUUACGUCCUGGCGAUUUGCAUUUUUACCGCCAUCUAUUAAGGUUGUUGCAGUAGUAUUGUUUAAGCCAGCCUGUCCUCCGCCGGAUUUGGGCGUUGUAGAUUCGUGUGACUUACUAGACAUGGUGAAGUUAACAAUUGAUCUGGUUGAGGGAGCAAUGCAAUACACAAAUCCCCUUCGGGAUCGAGAGCUUGAUCUAAGGGGAUAUAAGGUUCCCGCCAUCGAAAAUCUGGGCAGCACUCUUGAUCAAUUUGACACGAUCGACUUCACUGACAAUGAAAUUCGUAAACUAGAUGGGUUUCCCUUGCUUCAACGUCUCAAGUCUCUAAUAAUGACAGGAAACAAGAUUAUUAGAAUAGGAGAGGACCUUGUGUCGUCAAUACCUAAUCUAGAAACACUAAUUCUUACUGAUAACAAUAUUGCAGAACUGAAAGACCUCGACCCACUUGCUCCACUGACUAAGCUCACUUUCCUUUCUCUUGCUCGCUGCCCAGUCACCAUGAAGAUGAAUUAUCGCCUUUACGUUGUUGGAAGAAUGCCACAGCUCCGAUUCCUUGAUUUCAAACGAAUUACACAAGCCGAGCGUAAACAAGCUCGCUCUUUCGUGAAACACCUUUCACCUCUUACCACUGCAGUUGAAGCGAAUAGCAACAAGACUAAAACGAGUGCAGUUAAAACAUUUGUCCCUGGUGCUCCGGUCGGAUCGAAAGCCACUAACGACGAGAACUCCGAGGCUGCGAAACCACCGCAACAAAAGCAUCCAACCAAUAACCAGCCCAGAGAAUUUCCUCAGGCCACUCUUCAUGCCGGUGUUAAGCGUGUCAUGUUGAGCGGUGGAAGCAACCAGGAUCUGUUGGCCAUUCAAGACGCCAUUAAAAAGGCCAAGACAAUGGACGAGGUGGAGCGUCUUCAUCAAAUGCUCAGCAGUGGUCAGUUUGCUGGAUUUGCCGCUCACUGGCAUAAGCAACAAAAGCACUAA